AUGCAUGAGGUGAGAACCAUAGACUUUGAUUUGCCUUUAGAAAUGCUUUCAACAUUACCAAUCCUACUUUGCAGGAUGCAUCUCACAUGUGGACCUUGUAACAAUUGAGCUCACAGCAAAGUCUCUGUGACUCAGUAGUAGAUCAUCAAAGUGGAAAAUCUGAAGGUCUGAGAUUCUAUUCCUCACAAGGAUUCUAAAUUUUUUUUUAGUGCCAUUCUCAUGACAAGAGAAAAAAAAUAUUUCACUAAUUGACUUCGAUGUUUGUUUUAACAGUUCAAAGUUUAAUUUCCAUUGGUUUUGCAUGAUUAUACAAAUAAUGAUUUUUGCCCUGUGGUUUCCUGUUGAAAUCUUUACUGCAAUUUUUUUUCCUUAGUGUGUUAUGGAUCAAAAUUUACUUGAAGUUAAAGUGAUAUCAAACUUCUGUAGGUUGAUGGGAAUUCUGACAAGACCAAAAAAUUUUUUUCAUUUUUCACUAAUGGAUUUUGAUACAUAUUGAAACAGUUCAAAGCCAAUUUCCCAUGGGUUUUGAGUGAUUAUACAAAUAGUGAUUUUUGCCCUGUCUCAACAUGUGUUGUGGAUUGAAAUUUACUAAAAGUUCAAGAGGUGUCAAACUUCCAUAGGUUGAAGAGAGUUCUGAUAAUAUCUCUGAAACAAAGACUUUGUUAAUAUCAAGUUGUUGUACAGUUUAAACCACAGCUUCUGCAAUCAAUUAUUUCUAAAUAGCAAAGGUUUGACAACUUGCAGUAAUAGUAUUUGAUUGUGUUGUCUGAUUGUCUGGGUUAGAGUAGGCCUGGAAAGGACUGCUGUCGGCAGUAAAGACUGAUGAUUUGACAACCUUGGUGGAAGUCACCACUUGUGUCAAAUGAUUAUGACUUUAUGACUUCCACUUGUUAUGGAUAGUGACAGUAGAAAUAAGUAUCUUGACAUUUUCUGGUAAGAAUGUUUUGUCAUGCUGAGAAGCAUUCCAUGGAACAUAACAGAACAUUUCAUUAGGUCAUGCAGUCAUGAUGUAAUACCAGUCCACUGAGAUAGUCGUGUUGUAAGUUUCCGGAAUGUUCUAGAAUACUUUGUAAAUGUCUAUAAGGACCCAAUUGUGUAGUAAUAGUUGUUGUUGUCAGAAGUGAAUGACUGCUUGGAAAGCUAUACAGAGAGAGAGUGCUACUGUGAAGAUUGUUUAAUUCAAGGAACUUUGGAGAAAACUGUGAGUUUGUGUCAGUGGUGAGGCAAGACAUAGAUUGUUGUGGGCUUAAGUAAGUUUAUUGAGGAUAAUUACUGUAUUUCCUGUAGGAUUUGCUCCGCAUUAAAAAUAUCAAAAGUUGUUUAAUAAAGUAGUGAAGUCUGUAGGAGUAUAGCAUUCUUUCUGUUUGUUAGAUUAUACUGAAACACACUGAUAUUGUUAAAACUUGAGUCACUUCUACCAACAACAGUCCUUCAGGGAAUUACUCUCACCAGGAUGAUCAGACUUCUCAUGACAAACAAAAUUAAUGUGAAGAUACAAGAUACAUAAUCUCACUGUAGCUCAGGAGCAUUAAUACAGCAUAUCUCAGGUUUUUUUUUCUACCUUAUUGAGAAACAAAUUCUUUGCUCAAGAAAGAUGUGUUGAUAUAUCCAUGCGCUAGAUUUGGUUGUUUGGUAUUCAUCCUUAUUUUCUAACCAGGUGCGAGGUAAGGACAAUGUAGGAGCCACUAUGGAUUCCAUGGAUCUGGAACGACAGCGAGGAAUAACCAUACAGGUUGGUAUUAAGUAACAGUACUAUGAUUUAUUUAAUAAACUACAGUUCAAAUGUAUGACAUUGAUAUAUUCAUAGUCAUUUUUUAUCACUUUAUGGGUUUAUUACAAACCAAAAAAAUGACCAGCUGCCAGUUGGCUUGUUAGUUCAGUUGGUAGAGCAGUGCACUUGUAUUGCAGAGGUCAUGGGUUCAAAUAUACAGGCGUGAAUUUUUUUCAGGCAUUGUUUUCGCUGCUGCUUAAAUAGUGCUCAUGAUUGUAACUUCAAAUUUAAGAUAUUCAUAUACACCGUAUGUAACAAACUACAGUUGAAUUGGAGCCUGACUAGUGGCUAGAGAGAUCCGUCUUAAAUCUUUUUACAACUCCCACCAAUUCAAGGUCAUUUGAUUUGCUAUAGGAAUAUAUAAUUUGGAGAUUGUAUACAUGGUUACCAUAACAACAUUGCUACAUUUUUUGCUGUAUGUUCACAGGGCAUAGUGAAGAUGGUAUGUGGUAAAUACAACAGAAAUUAUGGUGUUUCAAUAUUAUCUGCAUGAUGAAAUAAAAUUCUUUAUAUAUUUCAAGAAGAUUCAACUGUUUGUAUGUAUGUCUUUUUAGUCUGCAGCAACAUAUGUCAACUGGAAAGAUACAAACAUCAAUAUUACUGACACACCAGGUGAGGCUAUCAACCAUUUACUUGUACACCCUAGCACAAGGCUGUUAGACUGUAAGUAGUUUUUUGAGCACUGUCAGUAUCGUAAGUGAUGUAAACAAUGUUAGUAUUAUAGUAUUUAGAUUUUGGAUGGAAAAAGUACCUUUCCUUCUUCAAGCUUUUUCACAGAUGAGUGAUCAGGUUUUCUAAAAUUGUUUAGUGUGCAAUUGUAGUUUGAACAUUUAUGGCACUUAUUUUCAAUUUAAAUCUGUGUUGAAAAAAUGACAACAGUCCAAGCACUGUGCUAUCAUUGAAAAAAGUUUUGGAUAAUGAAUUAUCAAUACAAAGUUAUACUGUCAAUAAAUGUCUUCGGAGACAAGGUCAUAUUUGGCCAAAAUUUGAAAAACAAGUGAAGCCUUUGGGUUUUCCUUUUUUUAAAGAGGCACCUUCAUCUUGUCCUAAAUUUCAAAUAAAUGCACCGGGUGCUGGCAAUGUGUGAUAUUUAAAAGUUUACCUUCAAUUCUCAGAAUGGCUGCACUUUAGGUUCUUGAUGUCUAGCAUUUGAACCUUAUUUGGACCAUCCUGUAAACAAUAAGAAUUUAUUAAAUUAGCUACCAUAUGCAUCUGGGAGGCAAAAAGUUUGUUGUCACUUGAAAGUCCAAAAGUGAUGUAUAUUUUUCCUUCUUUUUUUCAGAAUGGGAGCAAAUCCAACCAGAGUUUUAAGUCAAAUUAGGUAAAAAUGGUUGGAGUGUUUGUUGUUUUCAUUUUUGUUGUUGUUUACAUUAAAGAGGAAUGUGUACCCCUGAAAAAUUAAAAAAAAUAAUUCCUGAGAAUGGUUGAAAUGAUAAGGUCUACAGAAUGGAUGAUAGAUGGCAAAGAAUGUGGAAAAUUUAGUUGUCAUAAAAAAGUUAAAAUCCAGUUGUAAAGAAGGAACAAGGUAAAAAUUUAUGGGGAUAAAAAAUGAGAAACUGAAAAAAAUGUUUGCAAAAAAUGACCUGAACAGUGUAGCAUUAAACAUGUCAACUGUGAGGCUGCAAGUGAAUUCCUAUGGCUCUGUCAAAACCUUGGAUUGACUUUAACAUUUGCAAGAAUUGACAAGACCUAUGGAAAAGAUCAUCCACUAUAUUUGAGAAGAUACCUGUUGCAUUUUUAUCUGUUUUUUUUUUAAUUAUUAAAUUUGUAUGCUCAUAUUUGUUGUUUCACUAGAACUUGAAAAUUACUCGAGGAUGUGGAAAAAUUGCUUGUUUUUAUGGCUGAUAUUACACAAUGAAUAUUAAAGAUAAUUCUUAUAUAAAAUAGUGAAAAAAUGUAUUUUUCCCCAGAGCAAAGUUACAAGACACUGCAGCCUUCACCCAGUUGCCAAUUGGUUUGGAAUCUGAGUAAAAGUAGUCAUUGACCUUG